GCCACUAAAUUUAUUUAGCCGAACUACUGCCGUUGCUAGUAAUGUUGAUGGAGCAACAACCAUACACUGAAAAUGAGCAAACCACCACAACAAACACCACCGGAAUUCACCGUAAACACAGCUCCCAAGGUGGCAGUACUCGACAUCCUGUAUAUCAUGGCGUUCGAAAACGGCGGUGGGGCAAGUGGGUUUCAGAAAUUAGAGAACCACGCAAAAAAAACCGCAUUUGGCUAGGCUCAUUCCCCAUCCCCGAAAUGGCUGCUAAGGCUUACGAUGUAGCUGCAUACUGUUUAAAGGGACGUAAAGCUCAGUUGAAUUUUCCUGACGAGGUUGAUCACUUGCCACGUCCCUCCACGUGUACCGCUAGAGAUAUUCAAGCAGCAGCAGCUCAGGCAGCACAUUCCGUGAUUUCAUCAAAGAAGACUGAUGAAUCCGACGGCGAUGUUGAUGACUUCUGGGGUGAGAUUGAAUUGCCUGAACUGAUAAACAGUGGGUUUUAUAGUAAUUCUUGUGGAUGGACUUUUAACAGCGAUGCAACGUGGAUCGAUGGAGAAGCGCAGCAGCAGCAGCACUUCAUGGCAUGUCCCUAACGAACACUGCUGUGGUAAGCAGGUGGAAGUGGAAGUGGAAGUGGAAGUGGCAGUGGCAGUGGCAGGCAUGUAAAAAUUAGCAAGUCUACUUAUAUUUUACCAGCUGGUUAUGUUGUUUAAUUUAUUACUUAACCUGUGUACUUAGUUGUUAGCGGGCCGGGUUCAGUAGCGGGUUCGCUGGUUUUCGAAUGAAUCUAUCAUUUACGUGAUUUUUAGAGUUUUAGAAUUUCAUCAGCCAACGUAUCCUUGAUGAAAUUCUGAUGGAAUAUUAAUGGCAAAUGUAAACUGCUUUUAAGUAUGGUAACUUUAGUCACAAAACUACCUCUUUCCUGCAUGGGCCUGUCAUGCAGCCUCUCUAGGCCGGGGUUCCCGGGUUUUUCCUUCUCUUGUUCCUGCAGUAGAUAUCCAGGACUUGUCUCCAGGUUUUUUGGCUGCAGCUGCUGGGUUUGGUUCUUCUGGAGCUGUAUCCAGAAAUUGAUUUCUGCUGCUCCUUUUUUUGGAGCUUCCAGCUUGCAGAAUCUGUCUUCUUCUCUUUCAAGUUUCUGUUCAUCCAGAUUGCUGUGAGGCUGGAUUGCUGUGCUUCCUUUCAGUUGAGCUGCUUUGCAGGCUGUGGAUCUUCUGUCUCUCCAGCUACCUCCACUUGUUCUGCAGAUUCUGCCUCUCUAGCCAGUUUGCUGAUCUUCCAGGUUCUAAGUUUUCUUGCUGCUCUGCCUCUAGGCCCUUCCUUUUGCUCUGCGAGCUGCCUGGGUUGUCUGCCUGGAGAGCUUGCCUGGUUUCUUUCCAGGUCCCGGUGCCUGCUACUCAAGAAUGUUCUGCACUGGUUUCUGUCUUUAAUCCCUGUUUUGGUGUAGAUAGUUUUGUAUAUUUUUCUCUUGGCAAUCAAUCCUGUGUUUUCUUUUGUAAAGUUUUUGGCAAUCAAUCCUGCGUUUUCUUUUGUAAAGUUUUUGGUAGUUGCUUGUUUGUUAGCCUCUUGAAUCCUAUCAUUGUAGGAAUUUUGAUAAGUCUUUAAAAUGAGUUAAUUUUAGUAUUCUUAA